ACGGCCUGCUCGCGCCGGCCGGCUGAACGUUAUACGACGCGUCACUUCAUAACAAAAAACGAUUUUGUUUUAUAAUAGCUGUGGUGUUAUUUUGUAUACGUAUUUUCAAAACACUAAGAUGCUGGUGUGGAUAUGGCUGGUUUGCAUCGUGGCUGCAGUAUGUCUGUUCUUCCAGCAAAAGUAUGGCUUUUUCAAAAGGCGAGGUGUGAAGACACCCCGGAUUAUCCCACCCUUCGGUACUAUGCUGAGCAUUGUAUUGCAGCGGGAGCAUUUUAGUGAACAAAUGGUCAAGGUUUACAACCAAUUUUCUGACCAAAGGUUCUACGGCUUGUUCACAUUCGCAACACCGACUCUGAUGGUGAGGGAUAUCGAGUUAAUCAAGAAGAUUACUAUUAAGGACUUCGAGUCUUUCCUCGACCAUAACACCGUCAUCAACGAGAAGAAUGACCCACUUUUUGGAAGAAACCUCGUCUCUUUGAAAGGUCACGAAUGGAAGGACAUGCGAUCGACCCUCAGCCCUGCUUUCACCAGCUCCAAAAUGAAGAUGAUGUUGCCACUGAUGGUGGAGGUUGGAGAUAGGAUGAUUGUCUCGCUUAAGAAGAAAAUCAAAGAGUCAGAAAAGGAUUAUAUGGAUCUUGACGCGAAAGACCUAACGACUAGAUACGCGAAUGACGUAAUUGCAUCUUGUGCCUUUGGUCUGAAGGUAGAUUCUCACAUGGACGAGAACAAUCAGUUUUAUACGAUGGGAAAAACUGCUUCGAACUUUUCUUUUCGUCAACUACUCAUGUUCUUCGUAUUGAUGAUUGUUCCGAAGGUUGCUGACAUAUUGAAAUGGAAUCUGUUCCCGGAAUAUGUGCAGAGAUUCUUCAGGACGCUGGUAAUGGAUACGAUGCAGAACAGGGAGCUCAAACAGAUAAUCCGACCUGACAUGAUACAUUUGCUAAUGGAAGCUAAGAAAGGAAAAUUGACCCAUGACGAGAAAUCAAGUCAAGACAUGGACGCCGGCUUCGCCACGGUUGAAGAAUCAUCCGUUGGCCAGAAGGAAAUCAAGAGAGUAUGGUCGGAUGACGAUUUGUGCGCUCAAGCUAUCCUGUUCUUCAUAGCUGGUUUCGAGACCGUAUCCUCUGCUAUGUCGUUAUUGCUGUACGAGCUGGCUGUCAACCCGGACGUUCAAGAGAAACUGUACCAGGAAAUCAGAGAGAACGAGGCCAAGAACAACGGGAAAUUUGACUACAAUUCUAUACAGAACAUGGUUUAUAUGGACAUGGUUGUAUCAGAAACAUUGAGGUUGUGGCCCCCCGGCGUUGGCUUGGACAGAUACUGUAACAGAGACUACAACUUGGGCAAACCUAAUGACAAAUCUACUGAGGACUACAUUAUCCGCAAAGGCGAAGCUCUCCAGAUCCCCGUCUGGGCGAUACACCGCGACCCUGCGUACUACUCAAACCCCGACAAGUUCGACCCUGAGAGGUUCUCUAUAGAGAACAAACACAAGAUCCUGCCCUUCACUUAUAUCCCGUUUGGACUUGGACCUAGGAAUUGUAUCGGUUCAAGAUUCGCCCUCUGCGAAGUGAAGGUAAUGGCAUACCAGCUCCUAAAUGCCUUCGAAGUGUCGCCAUCGGAAAAAACGACUAUACCUCCCAAGAUGGAUCCCUCCUCGUUCAACAUUCGCUUAAAGGGAGGUCAUUGGAUCCAAUAUAAGGCUCGGAAAGAGGUGUAAAUGAAAAUUUACAGAAACAAAAAUCCACGCGAAUGAAGCAACGUCUUAUUGGAAACAUUACAGUCCUUGUACACGUAUAAAUAAAAUAUAACACAUAAUUUAAGUUAACCUAAGACUGCAAUAGGAAAAGCGCUAAACGCCCAACGUACAGCCGACGCUCUAUAUAUAUAUAUAAUAAAUUGGGGUCCUCUCUGACCCCAAUUUAUUAUGAAGAUUUCUAAUGAACUAAUAAUGGUAUUAAAUAAAAGACCGAAUAUUGCACAUAUACUGUAAUAUAUAUUAGAUCUCAAAGGAACAAUUACUAUAUAUUAAUAAUGCAAUUAAAAACGAAUAGGAAGUUA